GACGUAGCAUACGGGGAACUGAGAUCGCGCUCUUGUCUCGUCGUUACGCACGCGGCUGCAUCGUUGUCGUCGAUUAUCGUUUAUCGCCUGAAACUUUUCUGCGUUGGUUCCGGAUGAACGAUUUGCACUUCACGGUGGUUGCGUUCCUCACAGGACUCUACAGACGUCUCUGUCGUAUCAGUGGCUCAGGACCGACUCGCAGGGACAAACUUUCGCCAUUUUCUGUGUCGUGGCACGAGAUGGAAAUCUGCGCCGUGGAACCUCGCUUUCGCGCAUGACCAGUGACCUGUGAUCAUAAGAAUCACGCAUUCCAGGAAGCUCUGCGGAACACAAAGCAAAACAAAAACAACAACAACAACCUCAAGAUAACUAUAUUGACCGUCCAUGACUCCGAGAGACAAGAGUAAGCCGGAAUUAAACAGGUCCACUCCAUAACUUUGACAAGAAACAUGUCUUUCCCUUACAACAAGUCAGAGUCGCCGCCACCGCCAAGCAUCGUCCUGAAACUCGACACCGCCUCAAGAGUCAUCAACAGCACAGUGCCAGUAGUCAUCAUCAUCGCUGGCUGCGUCACCAACGUCUUCAUCAUCAUGGGCAUGCGCAGUAAGAACUUCCGCAGCAUGACAACGGCUUACUACAUGAAGUGCUUGGCUCUCAACGACAUCGCCGCCAUUGUCAUCCUUCUGGUCCCCUACUGGCUCAACGCAGCUUGUCCCGAAGCAAUUUACCGCGGACCAGGGGCAAACAUCCAGUGUAAAUUUUUCAUGUUUUAUGGAUGGAUCCAGAUGGACCUCUCCUUUAUGCUCAUGGCGAUGAUGUCGUAUGACAGAGCGAUCACAGUAGGGGUGGAGUUGCUGAAAAGUAACCGCCUUCCCCGGACCAAAAUUAUCAUCAUCCUGGCACUAUUCUUCUGCGUCUUCAAAAAUUUUCACUUUUGUUUUCCUCGGUUUUGUCACAAGAGUUCGACAGACUGUGCACGGUCAGGUUCGUCACUCGUGCCUAUGAGGUGUUCUGGAAUUCCGUCUGGCCCUGGAUGCAUUUGGUCUUCCAGGCCGGCUGCUUUCUGUGGAUGGCAGUCUGCAACGGCCACGUGAUGAAGUUUAUCACCGAGACGCAUCGCCAAGCGGGAUGGCUGCACGAGGAACUGCCCAUCCAGAUGUCCCGGAUGCUGCUGGCGGAGUCCCUGACCUUUACCUUCCUGACCCUUCCGGUCUGCGUGCACACCUUUGUCUCUGGCCACAUGCAGCGCAGUGGCGUCAUCGACAUCAAGUCCGGCACGACCCCCGUGGCCGUGGGGGUCAGCAGCCUGUUGUUUACAAUCGCAUUCAAUCUGCUGUUUGUCAACAAGUGUGUUACUUUCGCUGUAUACUGUUGCUUCUCCAAGGAGCUCAGGACCACGAUGGUGCAGCAGCUCUCCGCCUGCCAGGCUCCUGCAAAGCGACUGACGUCAUGCCCACCUCCUCCCAAUCCGCUUCCUGACGAUCGGACAGUGCCAUGCAUCGGUCAGACAUUGCCUGAUGAAAGUCAGUUUCAGAGGGCGGAGGUAGAGGAGGAACCCACGUCCAUGGACAAUUCCGCUUAAAACCCGAACAUCUGAAGUCACUGAAAGACUCUCAGCAGAAUCCUUUUACAGCUUUUAUUUCAAGCUUUUAAAGGAAACACUUUUAAACCAGACUUAAUAAAAACUGUAAUAAGAUCCUAAUUAAGCAUUUGUGAACAUGUUGAUGUGCUGUUCCCCCGAGAUAAGAGCUACAAAUUUAAAUUUCGAGCUUGCCUCAUAAAUGUAAUUUGCUAAAAUACAGAUGUAGACUUGCUAAUAUUAGUAAUAACAAGUACAAAUAAAAAGCUGACGGAUA